AUGGACCGCUUCCUAAACCAUCCCUCAGAUCGCUCACUCUCUCCCAUCAAGGAGCACGCACCUCCCACCACGCUCUCAGAGCCGUUUCGCACCGUGCACGUGUCAAACCUGGCAGACGACUUCUACAGCAACCAUCUCGACUGGCACCAGAGCACGUUGAUGUUUGUGUGCGAGAACAAAAUCAAGCUGAUGGACUUCUACAGCAACAGAAUAACGGACCUGAAGAGCUUUGGCAGUGCGACCGUGACGUGCGUGAAGUUUGGAUCGGACGGUAAGUGCGCAAUUGUGGGAACGAGCAACGGCAACUUGCACAUCGUAGACAUGUGCACGCGGAAGACGAGCAAGUUUAAUGUGCACCGUAGCAGGAUUGGCACCGUAGAGUCGAAGGACAACAUUCUGGUGACGGGCAGCAGGGACAGGCAGACCAAGUGCAUGGACAUGAGGAGCAAGCACAUAUCGUUUGCGGUGGAAAAGCACGUGCAGGAGGUGUGUGGCGUGCGGAUGAAUAGGAGUGCAACGAUGCUGGCAUCGGGUGGCAACGACAACAAAGUGUUUGUGAUGGAGAUGCGGAACUUGAAGAGAGAGGUGAAGAUCUGUGCGCACAGAGCAGCUGUCAAGGCGAUAGAUUGGAGCAAAGGAAGUGAUUGGAUGAUGGUGAGCGGCGGUGGAACGGCCGACAAGAUCAUAAGAAUUUGGAACGUGUACGGCAUAGCGGGCGGCAGCAACGAAAACAGCAACCACGUGCACACGAACAGAGCGCACGGCAUGGAACCGCCGUGCACGACCGAUAAAAUGCUCGUGAAGGCGCAGUCGUUCAAUUCGCAGGUGUGCAACGUGUACUGGUCAUCGACCAACAAAAUACUUUCAACACACGGAUACUCCAAAAAUGAUGCUCGGAUCAGCAAUUUAUCACUGCGUACAACAAAUGUGAUGUGCUCCCAUAAGAACAGGGUCAUACACUUCGCGGUUAAUGAACGGCUGGGAUGUUUUGUGACGGGCAGUGCGGAUAAUAAGCUGUGCUUUUGGAGAAUGGAGGACUUUGAGGAUGUGGGCAUGUGGUUGAGGUGAUGUAACAAUAAAAUGUAUUAUUUUGGA